UCCCAUUACUUGAUUUAAUCAAAAAGCUUCCAACUAAACCAAUUUUAUUUGACAUCUCAUUUGAAAUAUUCAAUCAAAUUAAGAGUGAAUUUGAUCAUAAUAGUAGACCAUAUACUAUUAUAUCACCUAUUCAAGAUAACUUUGUUAUGGAUGCUGAAUUUUCACAAACGAUGGAUAAUAUUAAGAAUGAUGCAUUUGAAUUCUAUUGUAAGAUGACAAUUGAAGAAAUGGAUGAACUUAGACACAGUGAUAAGUUUCAAUAUGCUAACAAAGAUUCAGUUUUACAAAAUAAAUAUAAUUUAACUUAUGAAGAAAUUGAGAAAUUACAAAAAGAUAUUUUUAAUGACCAA